UUCCUUUUUCACUUCCUAGUUUAAAGAACAGAUAAGUGGGAAUACAGAAACCACAUUCUGGGUCCCUGACCUUCCGCCGGACGGCAGCCGGGAGAUCUGGCCUCUGGCUCCAGCAUCGCUGGCAGCCCCUCCGUGUCCAGCACCCCCUCCUACUCCCGCAGCUCUUCCGACGCUCCCAGCUCCCCUGUUCCCAGCAGACCCUCACGCCACGGACUCUGAGCCUGGCCCAGCAUGGACAGACAGACGCGCGCAUUUGCCGAGAGCCACUUCCGAGGCCUCCAGGGAGGUCUCUCCAGCAAUGUCAGCCCGAAACUGGACCACGUGGAUUUCAUAGAGAAUCCAGACUCCUUUUCCUACGCCGACUUCUUCAAAGGCUAUCUGCUCCCCAACUUGCCGUGUGUUUUCUCCAGCGCUUUCACCGAGGGCUGGGGCAGCAGGAGGCUCUGGGUGACGCCAAGCGGAAAGCCCAAUUUUGAUUAUCUGCUUCAGAACUAUGGAGAUGUGGUUGUACCUGUUGCAAACUGUGGGGUGAGGGAAUACAACUCCAACCCCAAAGAACACAUGCCCCUCAAAGACUACAUCAGCUACUGGAAAGAGUACAUUCAGGGAAACUACUCAUCUUCACGGGGCUGUCUCUAUCUCAAAGACUGGCAUCUGUGCAGGGACUCCUCGGCGGAGAGCGUGUUCACCCUGCCCAUAUACUUCUCGUCAGACUGGCUCAACGAGUACUGGGAUGCUCUGGACGUGGAUGACUACCGCUUCAUCUAUAUGGGCCCCACCGGCACCUGGUCGCCGUUCCAUGCCGACAUUUUCCGCUCCUUCAGCUGGUCUGUCAACAUUUGUGGGAGGAAAAAGUGGUUCUUCUUCCCACCGGGGCAAGAAGAAGCCCUGCGGGAUUGCCAUGGUGGCCUCCCCUAUGACGUGACCUCCCCUACACUCCUGGAUAGCCGCCUACACCCCGUGCUCAAUCGCUGUAGCCCACCACUGGAGGUCACACAGGAAGCCGGCGAGAUGGUAUUUGUGCCCAGUGGGUGGCACCACCAAGUCCACAACCUGGAGGACACCAUCUCCAUCAACCACAACUGGGUCAACGGCUGUAACCUGGCCAACAUGUGGCACUUCCUGCAGCAGGAGCUCUGUGCUGUGCAGCAGGAGAUCAUUGAGUGGAGGGAUACCAUGCCUGAUUGGCACCACCACUGCCAGGUCAUCAUGAGGUCCUGCUCCGGGAUUAAUUUUGAGGAAUUCUAUCACUUUCUCAAGGUCAUCGCUGAAAGGAGGCUUCUCUUUCUGGCAAAGGGGAUGGGCCCUGGCAAAGUGGAGUGUGGCAAGAGCACUGGGCUAGGCCCCCAGCAGGCUGCUUUUGAUGUCAGCCGCAUAGCUGAGGUGCUCAAGUCUGUGUUGGCCCACCCUGACUUCCGGAGAAUGGAUACCAGUGCAUUCUCUCCACAGCCAGAGGAACUGCUGCAGCAGCUGGAGGAGGUUGUGGCCGCCACCACAUCCCUUUAGUAUGUGCUAUGAAGAUCAGAUGCAACAUGUCCUAAGGGGACCCAGGAGGUGCCCUGUUCCAGGCAGUCGCCCUGUUCCAGGGUCCCUUCUAGGAAAAAGCUAUCUUCCUUUGUGGUCUGGGAUGUAUUAUCUCUCUGCUGAACCUUGUCACCUUGGUGUCCCAGGCACAAUUCCUGCUUUCAGGGGUCUGAUAUGUCCAGUUAUCCAUUGGCAUCCCUAGGAACCUGAUGCCUGUUUAGAGGUUCCAGGCUCCUUGUCAUCAUGAGGCCCAGCCAGGACUGGGAACUCUGGAUCCAGUGAGGGGGUGGGUGGGAAGGUGUUAGUCAGUUGGACCCAAGGCAAGAAGGCUGAGAAUGUGCUGUGGACUGAGGAGUGGGAGUGGCAUGUGACUGGGUUUUCUUGGCACACCCUCACCUCCAUACCAGCCUUCCCUCAGCAAAGUCUAGUACCCAAGCUGACAGGCCUCCCAUCCUCAGUGGUGCAGUACAUCUGCCUUGUCUUGCAGUGCUCCCUCUGCUAUAGCACCACAUCCCUGUAAAAGUCCACACAUCUGCUAGAACAAGGUCCUUGAUGUAGAGUGGGGCUCAAGACCUGUGUCUCUCUCACACUAGAACCAUUGUUUACAUAGAACCUCCUUCCUGCCACUGGUCUAUGGCCCCCUCCUCCCCAACAGGAACUUGAGGGAUGCCUAUUGGUCAGGUCUCCAGGCCAGGCCUCAUGUGCUCUCCCUCAUGUAGGUCCCACCAGGUGUCACAGGUACAUUGUUCAGAUGCCACUUGGGCCCUGCUGGCAAGAAGUAAGCAAAGCAAAGCACAAGUGAGUUUAUCCCCCUCCUGCUUACUGUAGUACCACCUUUCCCCUCAGGGACUCUAAGCCCAGCCUUGCAGCUGCAUACCCAGUGAGGUGGAGGGCCUUGCCCAAGGUCCUCCUGCAGACAAACUGGAACCUGGGCCUCUUCCAUACUUCACAUACCUGCACCAUCCAGCUUUCACUCACUUCACUAUUUGCUGUCCAAAGUCACUUUGCAAGCAGUAUUUGAUCCAACAACCACUCUUUGUUCACUCUGCCCUGUCCAACUUCCAAGCCUUACUUAUCAUCCCUUUGCCAAACAAAAUCAGUCAUUACAGACUCCUCACGCUUGUCUGCACCACAGUGAAGGUUGGGUAGGGUCCUGGGGGCUUCUUGGUGUGCCUGGCACUAGCUCUUUACUAUCCAAUACUGGGUAAAGCUGCAGGAGAGCAAUUGGGUAAGCUCAAGACAGUGUGUGUCUCCCACCCAGAUUGAAAGCACUCUGGUGAUUAAUUGGUAGAACUAUGUCUUUGCUGCCCAUGAAUUGUUGAUCCUAGUGAUACACCUCUUCCCCUGCCUAUCCACUGCAUCUUUCAGCCCUUCUCAUGGGAAAGGUUCACAUCACCAUGGCCUAACCAAAGUUAAUUAAUUCAUCAGGCCCCAGCCAAAGAGGAGUGGCCAUUGUGUACCUGAUAGACUGGGGGCCGUCUAGGGCAUUUCUGUGUUAAUUGUACAGGGCAUUGCAGGGAUGCUGAAAAUCCUUGUACAUAGGCAGCAAGGGUGCUUGUAGAAUGACACCCAGCUGUAGGCCUAAGUCUGCAUCACAAAUCUUUCCCCUGGAUCCAAGAAAUAAGCAGGAAAAGGAAUUCUGAAGUCAGAGGAAUAUUCAAAUUUAGAUAAAGUUCUUCUUUGGAGGAGAGGGAUAAUAAUAGAAAAUCCUGCCUGCCCUCAGUGUGUUUGCUAAUAAUCUUCCUCUGGCUUUUUCUUUUCCACAUUAUAUGGUUUUAUCUUUUUAACAAUUUUAUCUACUUAGGGUUUAUGGAAUUCCAAAGUUUGACAUACAGUUUCCCCAAUAUUGGUCAAAAGAUACCACAGCAAAAGCUUCUCUUCCUCCAAAGUGUAGAGAGGCAGCCAUUGUCCUGGGGUAGGAAACGGUCCUGGCAAGAGUUACUUUUAAAGACCCCAACAUUUCAGUGGUUGUUGCUAUGCCUGUGAAAGUACCUUCAACCUCCAAAUCCCCUGAGUUCUGAGGGGGUAUCUCAGCUCUUUUCUAGUUUAAUGAUACUGAAACAAAUGUCUGUAAAAGCUAGACUUGUGCAUGUCCUUAGGGGUGGCUGGCGCUUCUCACUUCUCCCAUAUACAAUAAACUGAUGGCUAUGCAAGACUUA